GGGUUGGCACACAACUCAGCUGGACGAAUCCUCCCAGGCCGGACAAGGCAAGAGGAUUGCUCCUGCUCCGUGAUGCCAAAGCCGGAUAAGGAGGCGGAAGCGAAACCAGUACCAGAACCAGACGGUGUGAUGCCGGAGCAUGCUACCAAAACUCGCGUGGCUAUGCGGCACCGAGACUUGCUCACCGUCCUGCUCGGCCUGCGCAACUCGAUCGUUCACUACAGUAAGUGUCUCCUACCUCCUGCCACCUGCGCAACAACCCCUAGACGGCGAACGAAGCAGCCCAACUGA